UCGCUCUCGGGGCGCCGCUUCUCGGGGGCCUGAGGCAUGCGGAGGCGCCAUGGCCAGCGACGGCGCCAGGAAGCAGUUCUGGAAGCGCGGCGACAGCAAAGUCCCGGGCAGCAUCCAGCACGUGUUCGGCGCCCAGCACCCGCCCUUUGACCCGCUGCUGCACAGCAACCCCCUGGGGCCCGCGUCCCGGACGCCUGGCACCCCAGGCAAGACGAAGCGCAGCAGCACCUUCCAGGAGUUCGAGAGUGACACAAUGACGCAUGGGGACGCGGGUGAUGAUGACGAUGAGCUGCUGGCCAUGGCGGCCCAGCGCCUGCACACGCCGUGGUCAUGGAGACUGUCAAAGCAAGUCCUGCACCACCACAGCCAGCAGCAGCGCCAGGGCCCCUCGCCUGCCGAGCCCGCCGGGGACCCGCGGACUUCAAGUACGGUCAGCGAGAGCCACACAGCCUGCCCUGCAGAGGAGCUGCGGAAGCUCAGCUGGUCCGGGAUCCCCCAGCCUGUGCGUCCCGUGACCUGGAAGCUGCUCUCGGGCUAUCUUCCCGCCAACACAGAAAGGCGCGCCGCCACUCUGCAGCGGAAGCGGGCUGAAUACUUCGCCUUCCUCGAGCGCUACUACGACUCCCGGAACGAAGAGGCCCACCGGGACACGUACCGGCAGAUCCACAUUGACAUCCCUCGGAUGAGCCCCGAGACGCUGAUUCUGCAGCCCAAAGUGACCGAGAUUUUCGAGCGGAUCCUGUUUAUCUGGGCCAUCCGUCACCCUGCCAGCGGCUACGUACAGGGGAUAAAUGACCUCGUCACGCCUUUCUUUGUCGUCUUCAUUUCUGAGCACAUAGAGGACGAGGACGUGGACACCGCUGACAUCUCCCACUUGCCUGAGGAAGCUCUGCGCGGCGUGGAAGCCGACACCUACUGGUGCCUGGGCCGGCUACUGGACGGCAUCCAAGACAACUACACCUUCGCGCAGCCCGGGAUCCAGACCAAGGUGCAGAUGCUGGAGGAGCUGGUGAGCCGCAUCGACGAGCCCCUGCACCACCACCUGGACCAGCAUGAGGUGCGGUACCUGCAGUUUGCCUUCCGAUGGAUGAACAACCUGCUCAUGCGGGAGCUGCCCCUGCGUUGUACCGUGCGGCUCUGGGACACCUACCAGUCAGAGCCCGAGGGCUUCUCCCACUUCCACCUGUACGUGUGUGCUGCCUUCCUGCUGCGCUGGCGAAGGGAGAUCCUUGGGGAGAGAGAUUUCCAGGAGCUGCUCCUGUUCCUGCAGAACCUGCCCACGGCGCAGUGGGGCGACGCGGACGUGAGCCUGCUACUGGCCGAUGCCUACCGCCUGCAGUUCGCCUUCGCUGACGCCCCCAACCACUACAAGCGCUGAGGCCGCCCACCAAAGAGCCUCGCACCAAAGAGCAACUGGGGGGCCUUGAGUCCUCCCCAGGGCCUUGCCAAACUCCUGGCCUGGCCGAGAGACAGCGCCGGGACCCGGGGUGCCAGAACCCCAACUCGGCCGCUCCCUGACUCCCAGGGGCCGCCCCGUUCCAGAGAAUAAAACCGAGAAACUGA